AGUCAUGACUUUUGAGCAGGCAGAGAAAUUCCAGUUCAACCCCUUCGAUCUGACAAAGGUGUGGUCCCACAAAGAAUUCCCAUUGAUCCCAGUGGGAAGAAUGGUCCUCAACAGGAAUCCCGUCAACUACUUUGCAGAGGUGGAGCAGCUGGCCUUUGACCCCAGCAACAUGCCCCCCGGCAUUGAGCCCAGUCCUGACAAGAUGCUGCAGGGCCGGCUCUUUUCCUACCCCGACACCCACCGACACCGGCUGGGGGCCAACUACCUGCAGAUCCCCGUCAACUGUCCUUUCAGGACCCGGGUUGCCAAUUAUCAGCGGGACGGCCCCAUGUGCAUGUUUGACAACCAAGGCGGCGCUCCAAACUACUACCCAAACAGCUUCAGCGCCCCAGAGACCCAG